CUAGUGUUGUUGGACACGUAAAAAAUAUCCAAGAUGGCUGCCACUUCAGUUCCUCUUCAUCACCCAAGUUCUAACGCCGAUCUUUCCUACGAAACACAACCAGAUGAAUUUGCUUUUACCUCACCCGUUACACAAGACUCCAGUGCGUACACUGGAUCGAUCGAAACGCAGGACAGCGAGUUAGGAGAAGGGAAAAAAAGCGGUCAAAGUGAAGGUCCAAGUUCAAUAUACUCGCAGAUCUUAAGUCGUAAAGGCUUCGAAUGGCUUCUUGAAGUGGACGAUGCAGAAGAGAAUGAUUUCAACAAACCUUUGUUGGAGGAGUUAGACAUUGAUGUACAAGAUAUCUACUACAAAGUGCGCUGUGUUUUGUUCCCACUACCAUCUCUUGGAUUUAAGCGUGACGUCUUGCGUGACAGUCCAGAUUUUUGGGGCCCCCUGUUUGUUGUGCUGCUGUAUGCGAUGUUGGCUUUGUAUGGGCAGUUUAGGGUGGUGUCAUGGAUAAUUACCAUCUGGUUAUCUGGAUCUUUGAUCAUAUUCUUGUUGGCUAGAGUUCUCGGGGGAGAGGUAAAUUACUCACAGUGUCUUGGUGUUAUUGGUUAUUCAAUUAUUCCUCUGGUCUUGACAGCCCUUGCAUUACCAUUGGCUCGGUACUUUCCAAUGCUUGAGUUCCUGAUAAAGGCUUUUGGUGUAGUCUGGGCUUCCUACAGUGCAGGAUCACUUUUAAUCCAAGAAGAACUGAAAACAAAAAGACCACUUCUCCUUUAUCCCAUUCUGCUUCUGUACAUAUACUUUUUCUCACUCUAUACGGGAGUAUAAUAAUAUUGCUGGAAGAAUAUUAAUAGACAUUCUAAAGAGACAAAGACUCAUUGAGACUCAUAAAGCUCUCUUGAGAUAAGAGUCUUAAUGCAGAGGCCACAAUGCAGAGGACUAAUUCGCACCUUGCAUAUACAAGGUGUGAAUAAAUUAUUAACUCAAAAUAUUGCUCCUUAUAAGGGAAAUGGGAAGUUGGCAAUUGCAAAAUUCAAUGGCAAAAUUAUACAAGCUUCAUUUAUAGCACUGGUUUUGUUAGUUUGUUGUGUCUCUUGAGCUCACCUCAACCCAGUAGCAAACAAGCAACUCUAGUGCAAAGUGUAUACAUUAGGAUAACGAAUUGAGACAACUGAAGUUAGAUCAUUCAUAAUCUUUAGACAGACAAGUACUGGCGGUGUACAGGCAGAUAAUAAAUUAAUUUCCUCAAGAAAUCUAAAAACAGAGUUUAAAAUUCCCUUGAUUAUUAAUAUUAUUAAAUCUCAUGCGUUCAAGAUAUCUGAACUUCCUCUUAAUAUCUUAUGACAGUGGGUGCUAAAAGCCAGGGUUUUUUUAUGACUCAAUUUGCAAAACAAAAAAUUAGCUAUUUGGUUUUAGAAUUUUAUGUUUAUUAGACAGGUGUAAAUUGAUAAAAUAAAGCAAAACAAAAUUCUCGUAGAGUUA